CGUGUAGUGUUUAUGUUGGUUAAUUGUCUCUUCCAUCAUCCCUCUCACUUCUUUAUCAUGCUUAAGCUUUCUUAAACCUCUGAUCAUCAUCAACAACAACAGGUUCGUCUUGGCUUGCUCUAUCUCAGUUCAAGAAAAUGUACCCUGGAGGUUACACUGCUGAAAUUACAAGCUUAUCUCCAAAAGUUCCCGAGAAGGAUCUCCGUGACUUUUUCGCAUACUGUGGUGCAAUUGAACAUGUCGAAAUUAUCGGAUGCGGGGAAUAUGCUUGUACGGCUUACGUGACAUUUAAAGAUCCCUAUGCACUGGAAACUGCCGUCUUACUCAGUGGAGCUACAAUUGUUGAUCAGUCUGUAUGCAUAUCAAGGUGGGGUUCCUACGACGGUGAUUCAUAUCCUUGGGAUGGUUCUUCAUGGAAAACUCAAGAGGAUACUAGCUCAACGGUUACCUCUAUGCAACCGUUUGUUUCUUCUCCCGGAGAAGCGGUGACUGUUGUCAAAACAAUGCUAGCCAAAGGGUAUGUUUUGGGAAAAGAUGCCCUUGUCAAGGCCAAAGACUUGGAUGAGUCAUAUCGAGUGUCUGCUACCGCAGCAGCCAAAGUUGCUGAGCUUAGCAAUAGAAUUGGCCUCACUGAUAAGAUCAACACUAGCAUGGAAACUGUAAAAUCAGUGGAUGAGAAGUAUCAUGUUUCGGACAUCACCAAAUCCGUUGCAUCGGUUACCGGGACUGCAGUGAUAACAGCUGCAAGUUUCACGGGGAGAACCACGGUAGCAGCAGGCAAUGCCAUUGCCAAUAGCAGCUAUUUUGCCAAGGGAGCACUCUGGGUUUCCGGCAUGUUGAACCGCGCAGCUCAUGCGGCCGCUGAUUUGGGCAGCCAUGGAAAUAAACAAACACCGAGCUAAGUUUCGUAGAACACCCGUUUUACUGGUCU